AUGCUUCGUCGGACGAUUGUUCCUUUAGCGAAAGUUUAUGGUGCAGCGCCUCCGAAUGGCACUGGCCAGAAGCAGCCGGUUCGUCAUCGAUUGCUGCACGGGAAACGAGAACGUCAGGGAAGCCUUUUUGCCAUCGCCAAUGAUGUGAAAUAUGACGAGAAGCGGCUCCGCCAGCAGCUCAAUGCCAUGCUAGAGGAGGAACGUCUUCCACCACGCACACGGCUAGAGCACAACAAAGCCAAUGGAGGCGAGGCUUUGCCGCAGCGUCGGCUUGUCGACCUGCCGGGUGUGGAGCGACGCCGUGACCUGCCCGCCGAUCCGAUCACAAGGCUGUUCUUUCAGCACAAAGGGGAUCAUGCACUGUACUACGGCACAUAUGACAACCCCAGUUUACAGGACGAAGAUCGCAUACAAAUAGAAAAACGUGAACCACGGUACUGGACAUACAAUGUGUUCACCCCAGUCUAUGACUUUUGCCAUCGUAUCCGCGAGGCAACGGAGCAGAGGAAACGUUUCGUCAUUGUACCUUCCACAGUUGAAACCCGUGGCUGUGCCCGGGUGAUGCUUGGUCAUGGACUUGUAGCUGGUUUU